AUGCGGUCAAGUCUCUCGUGCGAAUCUUGCCGGCGGUCCAAGAUCAGAUGCGUCAACAGCGGAACUCCGCCGUGCACCAAGUGCGAAAAGUCCGGGAAACUGGACUGCACCCUGACGAGGCCGCAAGUCCCGCCUACCCGGAGAGCGGCUAGACGGGCACGGAGGGCGACGGAGGAGGCGCCGUCGACUUCCUACAGUCAUGAUGUCGACUCCCAGCGGCUCCUCGUCUCGGCGCCCCAAUCACGAGGCCCGGCGACCCCUUCAUCGGGCUUAGAGCAUCGAGAUGGCAGAGAGGAGAUGGAGGGGCAUCUUGAACAGAUCCCCAAAGACGUGGUUUUCAUCGCCCUGGAAGCCUUCUGGCGGAAGUUCCCCGAACUUCGCGUCAUCCACCCUUCCUCGUUCAUGGAGUCUUUCGGAUCGACCUGCCCGAGAGAAAGCAAAGCGUUGCUGGCAACUGUCCUUGCCAUGACAAAAACCCAGAAGCCGGACUCGGAUCGUCUGAGGACGCAGAUUUUGUUCCCGAGCGAGCGCUACGCGUCUUAUGCGUGCGACGUCUUGGCUGCAUGCAUACUGCAGCCGCCGGAUGUCAAGGUCAUCCAGGCACUGCUUAUACUCACGCUCUACGAAUGGGGUACUCGCGACUUUCACAAAGCUUGGAUGCACUGCGGUGAGAUGGUCCCUGAGCCGCAAGACUUGACCAUUCUUUUAACGCCACGCGCAGGCAUCGCCAUCCGUAUGAUGCAGCUGCUUCACAGUUCCCGGGUCGCGCCUUUCCCACUCGAGAUCCCUCGCCGCAGCGAACCGAACAGCCUCACGCCAGCCAUCGAGACCAGGACUUUCUGGGCGUGCUUCAUCAUGGACUGUAUGGUCAGUUCGGGUACAUACAACCCGCGCGUGCUGCCGAAACCGGAGAUGCGCAAGCUCAACGUUCCACGACCGCCUACUUCCACGGAGUUUGCUCUCGGCGCAGGGUCUUCGGGCCAGCCGGAGCCAUCGGGCGAAGACGACGCCGCCCCAUACCCCCCAGCAAACAGCUCUGUCUACCUCGACCUCGACCGAGGCUUCGGCAUCAUGGCGGACGGUUUCGACAUCUACUCCGACAUCAUGGCCUUUGUUUUCAACGACGGCCGCAAGGCGCCGGGCAUGUGCUUGCCCGAGAAUUGCCCCUGGGCCCCAACAUCCCCCGUGGCGUGUUGGCGUCGCAGGCUCGAGGAAUGGAGGUUGAAACAACACCCCCGGCUGCAUUAUCCCGACAACAGCGUUGCUGCACAUGCGACCUUGGGCUACGGCGAAUCUUUCGUCUACCUCAACCUGCUGUAUUAUCAGAGGUGA